AACUGUGUUAUAAGGUCCAGAUUCCUACCAGUGCUUCUAACCAUUCCUUGAAGAUGGAUCUGCCCUGGACAGCACUCUUCCUGAGCACUGUCCUCCUGAGUCUUUCAUGCCAGGGGAUUGACCUGGAACCCGACAGAAAUUUUAUUUCAGCCGCUGGUCCUCUUACAAAUGACUUAGUGCUUAACCUGAGCCAUCCACUGGGAACCCAGGGCUCUGGUUUUGGACCUGGUAGCAAGGACUUCUACGUCUGCCAGCAGCCAUUGCCCUCUUUGUUGCCACAGUACUUGAGCAGUCUCCGUGCCAGUCAGGUCACCCAUUACAAAGUACUUCUAUCGUGGGCACAGCUUCUCCCAACGGGAAGCCCCAAGAAUCCAGACCAGGAAGCAGUGCGGUGCUACCGACAACUCCUGCAGUCCCUGAAGGCUGCCCAGCUUCAGCCCAUGGUGGUCCUGUGCCACCAGACGCCACCCACCCGCGGCACCAUCCAGAGAGACAGGGACUUUGCUGACCUCUUUGCCGACUAUGCCACGUUCGCCUUCCAGUCCUUUGGGGACCUUGUUGAGAUCUGGUUCACCUUCAGCGACUUGGAGAAAGUGAUCAUGGGUCUUGCCCCCCAGGGUUCGAAAGUUUCUGCUCUGCAAACCCUCAGCAAUGCCCACAGGAAAGCCUUUGAAGUUUACCACAGAGAGUUCUCUUCUCAGGGUGAGUACACACGGACAUGGUGGCCCGGCAGCAGCCCUCACCACCCACCUCUGUUUGCUUCUUAG